CCAGCUUCUUUCAAGAUGUCUACUGUCCACGAGAUUCUGUGUAAGCUCAGCUUGGAGGGCGAUCACUCCGCACCUCCAAGUGCAUACGGGUCCGUCAAGGCCUACACCAACUUCGACGCUGAGCGGGACGCUUUGAACAUUGAAACAGCCAUCAAGACUAAAGGUGUGGAUGAGGUCACCAUCAUCAACAUUUUGACCAACCGCAGCAAUGAACAGAGACAAGACAUUGCCUUCGCCUACCAUCGAAGGAUCAAAAAGGAACUUCCAUCAGCCCUGAAGUCAGCCUUAUCCGGCCACCUGGAGACGGUGAUUUUAGGCCUAUUGAAAACACCUGCUCAGUAUGACGCAUCCGAGCUGACAGCUUCCAUGAAGGGGCUGGGAACCGAUGAGGACACCCUCAUACAGAUCAGAUGAGGACACCCUCAUACAGAUCAGAUCUGCUCCAGGACCAACCAGGAGCUGCAGGAGAUCAACAGAGUCUACAAGGAGAUGUACAAGACUGACCUGGAGAAGGACAUCGUGUCGGACACAUCCGGCGACUUCCGCAAGCUGAUGGUCGCCCUGGCGAAGGGUAGGAGAGCAGAGGACAGCUCUGUCAUUGAUUAUGAACUGAUUGACCAGGAUGCCCGGGAUCUGUACGACGCUGGCAUGAAGAGGAAAGGAACCGAUGUUCCCAAGUGGAUCAGCAUCAUGACCGAGCGGAGCAUGUGCCACCUGCAGAAAGUAUUCGAGAGGUACAAGAACUACAGUCCUUAUGACAUGCUGGAGAGCAUCAAGAAGGAAGUGAAGGGAGACUUGGAAAAUGCUUUCCUGAACCUGGUCCAGUGUAUCUAGAACAAGCCCCUGUACUUUGCUGAUCGACUGUAUGACUCCAUGAAGGGCAAGGGGACCCGUGAUAAGGUCAUGAUAAGGACCAUGGUCUCCCGCAGUGAAGUGGACAUGUUGAAAAUCAGAUCUGAAUUCAAGAGAAAGUACGGCAAAUCCCUGUACUACUACAUCCAGCAAGAUACCAAGGGCGACUACCAGAAAGCGCUGCUGUACCUGUGUGGCGGGGACGACUGAAGUGCGAGAAGUUCCCAGGGCCCUAGACGGUGCUCCCACCAUCUCCAGCUAACAGUUUUAGGAAACGCGCUUGCGACUAACAGCCCCAAGCCCGUCCCUCUGAGGAUGACAUCAGCAAUGCCCCAGCACCCCUGCUUAUUCUAGUGGCCUGGCUUUCCCAGCUUCUCUCUCCUUUCAGCCAAAGAAAUGAACAUUCCAAGGAGUUGGAAGUGAAUUCCAUGAUGUGAAACGCUCUGCCUGUUGUGUACUGUGUCAUAAACAGAUCAAUAAACUGCAUUUGUAUGUCAGAAACAA